ACGGGCCGAUGCACGACAUGCGGUUAUGACGUUCUCCAGGGCCGGAAGUGAGGAGCUCGAGUUGCCGCCAAACGUGGGCACGAGGUCACGGGAGCUCGACCUGGCCUAGAGCCCGAGGUAGGAUGUCACCGAGGGUCCUCUCAACGAUGAACGCGACGUCGGCUCCGAUGAACUACGAGGAUCUAUCGCUCGACAUGCGCUUCAACGACGGCCACGUCGUCAGCAUCGUCACCUACAGCGUCCUUCUGAUCGUCUCGGCGAUCGGCAACAUCACCGUCCUCGCGCUACUCUUGCGUCGUCGCGGCAACGCCGCUCGCACAAGGAUCAACACGAUGCUCAUACACCUGGCGAUCGCCGACCUUUUGGUAACGUUCUUGAUGAUGCCUUUGGAGAUCGGAUGGUCCGUUACUGUGUCGUGGAAGGGCGGCGACGUGAUGUGCAGGAUAAUGUCCUUCUUUAGAGUGUUCGGCCUCUACUUGUCCUCGUUCAUUCUAAUCUGUAUCAGCGUCGACAGAUAUCACGCAGUCCUGCGGCCAUUACAAAUGAUCGAUAUAGAUCGUAGAGGUCGAUUUAUGAUCGCUGGUUCGUGGAUAUGUUCAGCGCUUUGUUCAGCACCUCAGAUGGUAGUGUUUCACGUGCAAACGCAUCCACACGUUAGAUGGUACGAGCAGUGCGUCACUUUUAAUACGUUUCCGACAUGUACUCACGAGCUCACUUAUUCACUAUUCGGAAUGGUCGUGAUGUACUUGUUCCCUCUUAUUGUCAUUAUUUACACCUACACCAGUAUUCUCGCCGAAAUGUACAGAAGGUCCAAGGACACCACUACUGAUCGGAUAAGACGAUCGUCGCUAGGAUUUCUGGGACGUGCGAGGGUCAGAACAUUAAAAAUGACAAUAAUCAUCGUUUUAGUGUUUUUCAUCUGCUGGACACCGUAUUACGUUAUGAGUUUAUGGUACUGGAUCGAUCGCGUCACAGCAAAGAAAGUCGAUCUACGUAUACAAAGAGGCUUAUUUAUAUUUGCCUGCACGAAUUCUUGUAUGAACCCGAUUGUUUACGGCGCUUUUAACAUUCGCAAAGGCCACAAGGACGUAUUGGCGUCCCAGAAGAUUGCGAACCGCUCGAGCAAGGAUUCGGCCAACGAAAUGGCAGAUCGCGUCAGCUUGCACCGGAGUUCGCCGAGGUCCAGUGGACGGCUGCCCGUCCAGACGGAAAUCAACCUCGUGCCCGCUGGGAAAUCAACGCCCUCGAGGAGUCGAGCACUAUAAAAAUCAAGAAUUGAUGUCACCGAUUCAUAAGAAGAAUUAAUGUUGG